GAAACCGUUUGGACUUUGAGAGUGUGAGCCAGGCCUUGCAGAUCAUGUGGGACGAGCAACUAGCUGGCGUUCGGAAAGCUACGCACCCUAACUCGGGCUAUGGUCCUCAAGUGUUCAGCUUGGAAGCCGGAGAUUGGGGUAGAUCGUCAGAACAUGGAUGGCCAGGUGAGGAUGAGGCGUCCGACUACUACUACCACGAGCACGAGGAUGGCUGGCAUGGCUACGACGCUCUUUUCUCAGACUCCGGAUGGUGGGAUGACGAGUUGUACCCCGUGGAAGAGAUGGAGCAUGAGCUCACCAACGAGGAGGCUGAGGAUGAGAAGAUUCGCGAAGCCAUGCAGGCAGAGAAAGCAGCAGAGGCCUUGGCCACGGAAGCCAACUUGACGUGGAAGAAGGCGCAGAAAGCAACAGCCGACAUGCGUCGAGAUCGUGGCUUUGGUGCGGUGCGAAAAGGGAUGAGCAAGGGCAAGGGUUCUUCUUGCUACAAGUGCGGACGCUCAGGUCACUUUGCUCGAGAUUGUCCUCUUGGUUCGGGCAAAGGCAGCUACAUGAUUGAAGACGACUGGUCGUGGUACCAGGGUGGUUUGGAUUCCUAUGCCUUCAUCAAGGGUAAGAACAAAGGCAAGGGCAAGGGCAAGAACCACUUCGGCAUGUUCAAGGGCUACCCGAAGGGCAAGGGACCACAAGGGUCUCGAUUUAGUUUUCCUGGUGUCAAUGCUUAUGGAUUGGAGAUGCUUGGUACACAAAGUGGCCAACUCGAUGAUGCUCCGACCCGAGGCAGUACUUUACCGCCUGGAACAGGCCUCCUUGACUGUGGAGCCACGGCGUCAGCAGGUCCUGAAGCCAGUGUACAGCGGCUCAUCACAGCGGUUCUCGAGAAGGACAAGAGCGCCAUUGUCUCUAUUGACCAAGCUCGUCGCCCGUAUUUCAGGUAUGGCUCUGGGUCAUGGGGAAGGGCUUUAUAUCAUGUUGUGAUCAAGUCGAACGUGAGUGGGAGCUUGAAGGCCUUUGGGGUGUAUGCGUUGCCCAAUCCCCCGGAGUACUUCGAGAAGUGGUUCAGCGAAGAUAUGCUAGUUCCUAUCCUUGUGGGCAUGAGUCACAUUGGCAGGUCUGGUGCAGGUAUGAUAGUGGACUUUAGCGAUGGCUACUUUGUCAAUGCGAACGACCCUAACCUUUCGGACAAACCUCAGUAUUUGAGCCGAAACGACAAAGGUCACUUCGUGCUGGAUGUCGUCGACUACCUCACGGCAGGCCAGAACCGUGCUGAAGGGAGCUGUCAGCUACAUGUUGCAUGUGCUCAGGGGGAGGCCGAGCUACCUAGUACAGAAAUGGAUGUCCCUUUGAAGCUCAUGUACCCGUUGGAGUUGUGUGGUAUGUCGUCAGAAAUCAGUGCAUCUCGUGCAAGUGAACACCAACGGCGGGCUUUGAUGCAGCAGCUCGUUGAUCGCAGACAACAGUUGAAUGAUCCCAAGCACUUUGGCUCGAGGAUGGUAGCAUCUACACCGACCUCGCCUCACGUCAACAACUCCUUCGCGCAGCACAAUGGCUCCCAAGAAGAACACCGUGCCAGCCCCGCCUCUGGACGAGAGUCGGGCAACUCAGCACGAUCCAAGAGAUGUUCGUUCAAUGAAGACGACUUGGCCGUGCUACGGGCGACAUGCAGAAGUGAAAGUGGGCAGCAAUCGCCACGGGCAGUGGACGGAGUGCGCAACGUGUGCCCUGCGGUGACAGUCCGCAGGGCGAUGAAGGCCUUGCACGAGGAUCUGGGAAACCAGCUCCCCACGCACGAGCUGGUGAAGGUGGCCAUCGAGGUGGAGUACGCGAAGAACAGGUACGAACAGCUCCUACGUGUCAAGGGCUACAAGGCCAAGUCGUUGGGGGCGACGGAGCACGAGAUCCACACUCCGGUGGACAAAGUUCAACCAUGGGCAACCGAGGUGACGGACCCGGAGUUGUUGGGCAACCCCAACGCGGUGGAAAUGGACGAUGGGGUGAUCUCCAGCCAGAAGCAUGAGGCACCGUGGAGAGUUUGCCAGGCUCUUCUUACGAUGGCGUCCAUCAUGGUGACCAAGAACCGGAAGGAUGCGAGUGAUCUACUGGUUGGCGACUGUCAAAAGGUCGUUUGGGAAAUUGGUGGCACAGUGGAAUCUCCUCUGGCUACGGCGUGUGAGAAAGCGGGUUUGCCUACGCAGAGGAUUGGGCACUUCAAUGAGUAUGACUUGUACAAGCAGGCCACCUACCCCAAGCUCCAGGAGAUGUUUCGUGUACAACAGCCCAGGAUUCUUUGGUUUUCACCACGUGGAUUCUGUUGGAGUCCAGAGGCGAAUUUACAUGAUGGUUCGUGGGAAGGACACCAACGAGGCAACGAUCGUCAACACAAGGAGCGCACGAUGUUGUACCGCAUGUCCAAGUUCCUUCUGUGGUGUUUGGAGGUUUCUCCGGGGACACACAUCUACUGGGAGUGGCCACCUGAUAGUCUUGGAUGGAAGGAUCGAUCUGCGAGGCAGUUCGAAGAAAGCAUCAAGACUUUGGGCAAGGAGUGGCUACGAUGCAGGUUGGAUGGUUGUCGCUACGGCAUGGAACUUCCUACGGCUGGAUCGGAACGACAGUUUCUACAGGAGAAAUGGUUGGUGAAAACUACUUGUCCGGUGUUCCACAGCCUCUUUAAGACCAAGGUGUGUGUACAACCACAUCAACAUGCACCAGCGAACCACAUCGCUAGGAAUGCCCGCGUGGAGUAUCCUAUACGAAUGGUGGAAGCCUUUACCAGAUGCUGGAAUGAUCUUUUAUAUCCUCCAGAUCUAUCCAAGAGGCUGCACCGGAAGCUCGAUGUGAACACCUCUGAGAUGACCUUUGCGGCAGCUCUUCUACCGGAAGCACCACCUAAGUGGAGAGACCUUGAGGCCUGGACGAGAGAGCUACGUGAGCGACAAGACUUCAAGUUUGAUACGUUUGAACAAGUGGCCUUGGAGCUUCAACGGGCAGGAGUUCUGAAGACUGCUUCUCACCAAAGAUGGAAGUCCUCUACUACCUCUUCGGUUCUCUUUGGUGGCUAUUCUCAUGGUGGCUUUUCGGGAGUUUCCAAGUGGUCAAGCAAACUCCCUCAAACCGUCCUCUACCUCAACAUGUAUUUGCAGCACCAUCUACCGGGCGUCCCAUGGACCAGUCUGUCUGUACCUCACAGAGAUCAGCACAAUUUGGGAGGAACGCCGAAUGUGCUGCAUUGCGUGGGAAAGUUUGUUGGUGGUGGACUGUGGCUGGAAGGAUAUCCGGAGAAGAACACGGGGCAUCCGUUAUGCCGUCGCAAGCUCAGAGAUGGGAGUUUUCGCUUGGGACACAUAUGCGAGACAAAGAACAAGUUCGUGAUGUUCAGCCCUAAGCAGUUACACGCCACACAAGAGUGGCAUGGAUGCCGUGUGGGGAUUUCCGCCUACACGACCCGGACAGUGUCUGCAAUGGAACCAACGGAUCUGAAGCUUCUGGAUUCGCUGGGUUUUCCAUUUCGAGAAAGCUACGACAUGCAAACCCUUGAGAAGAGUGAGCAUGUGAUGGAUGAGGAAGACCAGAUCAAUGCCGUGGAAGCUUUGGACCUGUUGCCUGUGGAGGAAGGUGAUGAGUUUCAUGCGGAGCCCCCAGAAGAUCCUUCACAAGUUGAGGCUCCAACCUUGUCUGAAACAGCAGUGCCCACAGACAGGGAGCUCAAGAUGGAACGAGCCUGGCACUAUGCGACCUCUGGAGAAGAACCGCACAAGUGGCAGACUUUGAGGGACAUUAUACCAGCCAGGGAGUAUGAAGACCUGGCCGAAGAACUACCACCGGGAGAAUGUGAUGGUGAUCUUGACCCUGAUCUUCCAGAAGAACCUUCACAGGAGACUUGGGCCCCAGUACGUCGUCUUCGUGGAAAGCAAACCAAAGUGGAGCCCUAUGCCAAACCAGUGGAGACAGAAGAGAACGUCAACGACUACCAUGCUCCUGCCGACAACACCCAAGCAGGAGAGUUGACAGAAACAACGGGAACAUCAGAACCUCGUGGUUUACACGAUCUACCUCGAGAACGUUCAGAACCCGUGGAGGAACCGGAUGCAAAGCGCUACAGAGAGAGCUCGCUUGACAAUGAGGAGGCCCUCUUUGCUCAGUUGCAUGAGACUGAGGAGGAAAUCUUUCACAUUGAUGUGGACCUUUCCUUCAGCUCCAACAGGGAGAAGAAAC